GCCUCUACCCAGGGAAAGUGUUGUUUGGCCCUCAGCCUCCAUGUGCAGACAGAGCUCCGAAGAGUGACAGGACAAACAUGUCUCGGAUACUGAUCGUAGGAGCCGGUCUGACAGGGAGCCUGUGUGUUCACCUCCUGAGGAGGGAAGGGGCCGGCCGGCUGCAGCUGGCAGUGUGGGAUAAAGCCCGGGGAGCAGGAGGGCGCAUGUCCACCAGCCGUUGUCCUUCAGACCCGAAGUGCACAGUUGACCUGGGAGCCCAGUACAUUACUGUCACCCCGGACUAUGCUCAGAAGCACAAACUGUUUCAUGAUGAGCUAGUGGCAAUGGGAAUCCUAAAACCAUACAAUGCGUUAGUAGAAGGAAUAGUGAUGAAAGAUGGAUCUUAUAACCUGGUGACUCCACAUGGAGUGUCUUCUAUUGUCAAACACUACCUCAGCCAGUCAGCAGGUGCUGAUGUCUGCUAUGAGCGUCAUGUUACCCAGAUAAACCUUAGAGAUGGGAAAUGGGAAGUGUCCUGCAAAUCUGGAUCCCCUGAAACCUUCGAUGUUGUUGUUCUCACCAUGCCAGUCCCACAGAUAUUGCAGCUAGAAGGCGAUAUUGGAAAAUUAAUAAAUGAAAACCAGCGGCGGCAACUGGAAACUGUGAGCUACUCCUCCCGUUAUGCCCUGGGACUCUUUUAUGAAGCUGGCACACAGAUUGACGUCCCCUGGGCAGCCAAGUACAUCACCGAUAAUCCCUGCAUACGCUUCAUCUCCAUUGAUGAUAAGAAACGCAAUGUAGAGUCUUCAGAUAUUGGCCCAUCACUUGUAGUGCACACUAGUGUACCAUUUGGAGUAAAGCACUUGGAACACAAAAAAGAUGAAGUGCAACACGUGAUCUUAAAACAUCUUGAUACAAUGCUACCAAAUCUUCCUAAACCAAAGAGCAUCAAGUGUCAGAAAUGGAGAUACUCACAAGUUACAGAGGCCUUUCCGGAUUGUCCAGGUCAGAUAACUCUGCACAGCGAGCCCUUCCUGCUAUGUGGUGGCGAUGGAUUUACACACUCAAACUUUGAUGGAUGUACAGAAUCCGCUGUACGAAUUGUAGAAACUUUAGCCUCUUGUUUAAAAAAUUGACCAGACAUAUUUUUAUGAGUAGGCAUUAUGCAGUUGUGCUCUGUCUUUACAUUUAUUGGUUAGAGUGGAUCUAAAUGGAUACUUUUAUUGAAGGGACAGCUAGUAACCUUAACAGGACUGAAUACACCUUUCCUUGUUUGUCAUGGAAUUGGGAAUCUGGUUUAUUAUCGAUUGUAUGUGCUUGCGAUGAUGCAGAAGUAAAAUAUAUUGUUUUUUCAUA